AUUCGAACUCGGUUCCGCGGUUUUAAUUUUCUGCAUGUAAUGAACGGAAUCGUUUAUUCUGAGGGACCAGCUACUUGGCUGUGUCUUUGCCCUCGGGGCCAAUCGUAACUACUACCGAACAAUCAGUGGCUGGUCCGCUGGUCUUAAGCUAUUUGGGCACGAGGUUUAUUGGAAGUCGGUUGACGAGGCUAUACCAAACACACGUGUUUCGCAUCGUAUCGUUUCGCGGGGUUUCGUUUACGUGCAUUUCGUUUCGAGAUCGAUAAUGGAAGUUAAUGAUAGUUUAAAAGAUUGCCCAUCAAUUGCCGUUGAUGCUACUUUUGUUAAAAGUACACCUAUUCCUGAAAAUACUUUAAAAGUAAAAGGUUAUGAUUUCAAUCAAGGUAUUGAUUACCAUGCCAUCUUGCAAUCAUACAGAACAUCUGGUUUUCAAGCAACUAAUUUUGGCUUAGCUGUAGAAGAAAUAAACAAAAUGCUUAAAACGCGACAUCAACCACUUCCAGAAGAUAAACAAGAAAUGCUAGAUGAGGAUCCAUUCAUCAGAAGAAAGUCAAAUUGUACAAUAUUUUUAGGUUAUACAUCAAAUAUGUCUUCUGCUGGUGUUCGUGAUACAAUACGUUUCUUAGUUCAACAUAAAAUGAUUGAUUGCUUGGUUACAACUGCUGGUGGAGUUGAAGAAGAUCUCAUUAAAUGUAUGGCACCAACAUUUAUAGGUGAUUUCUUUCUAAAAGGAGCUACACUUAGAGAUCAAGGAAUAAACAGAAUAGGAAAUCUUUUAGUUCCUAAUGAUAAUUAUUGUGAAUUUGAAAAUUGGAUUAUUCCUGUACUUGACGAAAUGCUUGAAGAACAGAAAAAUAUGGGAAAAAUCUGGUCACCUUCCUCAAUGAUUACUCGAUUUGGUGAAAGGAUAAAUAAUCCAGAAUCAGUAUGCUAUUGGGCAGCAAAGAAUAAUAUUCCUAUAUUCUGCCCAGCUUUGACAGAUGGUUCAAUAGGUGAUAUGAUUUACUUUCAUAGCUACAAAAAUCCUGGUUUAAUUGUUGAUAUUGCACAAGAUAUCAGAAGAAUUAAUACAAUCUCUGUUAAAGCUGUAAAUACAGGAAUGAUAAUUAUUGGUGGAGGAGUAGUGAAACAUCAUAUAUGUAAUAGCAAUUUAAUGAGAAAUGGAGCAGAUUUUUCAGUUUACAUAAAUACUGCUAAUGAAUUUGAUGGAAGUGAUUCUGGAGCAAGACCAGAUGAAGCUAUUUCAUGGGGAAAAAUUAAGAAGAAUGCAACUCCUGUAAAGAUUCUUCUGACAGUUGAAUAUCUGAAACAUGCCAAAGCAUAUAGCAGAGAUCUGAAUUGGAUCCUUUGGGAACUUUUUCUUGGUUGA